AGAAAAAUAUGAUUGAAAAAUUUUAUAUUUUUUAUGAAAAUGUGAAAAUUUGAACGAAAAAUUGGCUGCUUAGAUAUCAAUAUGGCUUGUUAUCUUUUAAAUUUAGGGAGAAAGAGUUAUUUUAGUACUCAGUUGUUGCCGAGAUGUCGCGUUAAAGUUCAAAGUGUCAAUUUCAGCUCGUGUUUAAAUAGGUAUGUAUGUUUAAAAUAAUACAAUGCACAAGUGAUUUAAUUUGUUAGUAAUUACACAAAAUACUAUUAAAAAAAAAAUUGAGGUAAUUUAAUCUAUUGUCUCAAUGAAAUUGAUUCAAUCAAUUAUUUUGGAAUGCUACUUUUCUGAAAUUCAGAAAAUGAAUAAUUCAAAUGUUUGUUGUCUAGUGGGAGGGGGGGCAAGGGGGGUCUCACGAGUCACGAAAAACAAAAUUUGAUUUUCACAAUUUUUAGAAACACAGAAGCGUAACAAAGUCUGAAACCAUUUAACGAUUUUCUAGACAGCAGAACUGACUUUACUGACUUUAACAUUAGAGCCGUUUAAACAACUAUGAAAAUCAUUGCGAGGCAUUACAAAACAUUACGAGACACCAAGCAACAGCUCAAGACAUGAAGAAACUUCAAGAAAGACAACCGCAGGAAGCAAAUUUAUUUAUUUUUUCUUCAUAGUAUUAAAUUUGGGCCGAGUUUUAAACGUAAACAUUCACAAGUUAGGGGAAAUUAUUGGUAAAUUCAACACCCUAGCUAGCCUUUUAGCUCUUCACGAUUCACAACGCGCAUAUUAAUCACGAUUCACGGAAUGGUAUUUCUUUAAAUCACGAAUCACGAAACACAAAUAAUUGCUAAUCACGAGUCACGCAAAAUACCCUUGCCCCCCUCUACUGUUUUUUUUUUCAGGGUCGGUGUCUUUAGGCUGAGUAUUGGCAUAGCAAAGGAACAGGGAUUUUGGUACACUCGCCAUGCCGACUGCCAAGUUAGCGAUCCUGAUCUUGCCUGUUUCAAAUAAGAUCUGAUAAUCAUCCAAUGCGGUUUCAUAUUCUCAAAUAAACAUCAGCUUAUAUUUUCAGGUCGUUACAAGGACGCUCAGCCAAUAUCCAAUCUGGCUUAUUAAUAAACAAAACCCAAAAUGGAACACAGAACAUAUUCACAUUAUCUGGCCUGGCCAAUUUGGUUCGUUCGAAGACUCCCGAACUACUGUCCUCGAAAUAUCUAUGGCUAACGUGCACGGGCGCCGUGUGCCUAAAAGCAAAACUUGGAAUGGCAUAUUGUGCCGUGAAACUUAGCCACAGACAAAGGACGCCUAUUAAUCAAGCGGUUAACAAGACAGGCAGAGCUUCGAAGAAACAGCCGAAGAUAGAAUUUAAUGAAUUUUUGAAAUUUCUAUUGCCUGAUGUAUGGCUACUUUUACUCGCGAGUUUUUGUGCGUUUGGCGUUGCGGUAGUGAACGUUAAGCUGCCGUUACUUCUUGGCGAGCUCGUUAAUGCUGUGUCCUCGUUAUCCGACGGGAGUAUUUCUGAUUAUGCGGCAAUCCUCAAAGAGCCUGCGAAGAAGCUCAUUUGUAUUUACGUGACGCAAGGGGCGCUGACGUUUGUUUACAUAAGUUUGUUGUCUUCGUUUGGUGAGAGGCUUGCGGCGAGGUUGCGCAAUAGUUUGUUCACAUCGUUAGUAAAGCAAGAUGUUCAGUUCUUUGAUGCUCAUAAAACUGGUGAACUAAUUAGCAGGUACGAGUAAAAGGAUUUAAUUUUGCUGUGAAAAGGAUAUUUUUUACAUUCUCUAUAGAGUCAGAAGCUCAACGUAUAAUUAUAAUAAUAAUUAAGUUACAGUCGUCCAUGUGUAUAUAAUAUAAUUUUUUCACACAGGCCAUUUCAGUUACUUUUCUGCAUGUAGUACAGUGUGCCCCCUAGGAAAAUUCAAUAUUAAUACCCACCCACCCAGAAAGUAGUAUUGACCCCACCACCCACUCCCCCUGCCUUACUCCUACCCCACUCUUACCCUGCCACCACUGCCCCACCCCUACCUUGUCGCACUCCUACACUGCCCUGCUCCUACCCCGCCCCUACCUGCCCCACUCCUACCCUGCCCCAUUCUUACCCUGCCCCAUUCCUUCCCUGCCCAUUCCUACCCUGCCCCAUUCCUACCCUGCCCCAUUCCUACCCUGCCCCACUCCUACCCCACUCCUACCCUGCCCCACUCCUACCCUGCCCUACUCCUACCCGUCCCAUUCCUACCCUGCCCCACUCCUACCUUUGCUUGACUCUUACCACUGCCCCACCCCUACCUUGUCCCACUCCUACCUUGUCCCACUCCUACCUUGUCCCACUCCUACCUUGUCCCACUCCUACAUUGCCCCACUCCUACCUUUGCUUGACUCUUACCACUGCCCCACCCCUACCUUGUCCCACCCCUACCUUGUCCCACUCCUACCUUGCCCCACUCCUACAUUGCCCUGCUCCUACCCUGUCUCACUCCUAUCUUUGCUUGACUCCCACCACAGCCCCACUUCUAUUCCUGGCCCACUCCUAGGCCCUCCACACUUCUACCCUGGCCACUCUCCUAUGUCUGCCCCACUCCUACCCCUUCGCACUCCCACCCCUGCCCCACUCCUACCCCUGGCCCACUCCUACCCCUGGCCCAUUCCUACCCCUGGCCCACUCCUAUGCCUGACCCACUCCUACCCCUGACCCACUCCUACCCCUGACCCACCCCUGCCCUAUCCCACCCCUACCCUACCCCACCCCUUCCCUACCCCACCCCUUCCCCACUCCUACCCACCUCCAUCUACGAAAAACGCUACAACUUACAUAACUCAGUCCAUUAACAUUCUCAGGUUGAGUUCCGACGUACAAGACUUCAAGAGUGCGUUCAAACAGAUUGUAUCACAAGGUCUACGCAGCGUCACUCAGACGGUGGGCUGUGUCGUCACUCUCUUCAUGAUCUCACCAAAACUCACGCUAUUAAUCGGAAGUUUGGUUCCUACAGUCAUUAUAUGUGGCACAUUGCUUGGGUCAGUUUUAAGAAAGCUGUCUCGCGAGGCACAAGAGCAAUUGGCGACUGCUUUGGCUGUUGCUGACGAGUCGCUUGGUAAUGUACGAACUGUGAAGGCUUUUGCUAUGGAGAAUAAAGAGAUCGGGUAAGCUCUGACGAUUCUCGUCGCAAAGUCGAAGAGCCUUGGGUUUUUUUUCUAUUUCUGGUCACGAAUGGGUGAAUGCAGCUAUGGAGUAAAUUUUGAUCAAGGCAAGAAGAAUGAAAUCCAACACCACAGCUAGAAAGAGCGUCUUAGAAUGAGUAAAACUGCAAAGAUUGGUUGCUAAAUGUUGUCAAAUGAAGAAAUAUAGCCCUGUGAAGUUCGCAAAUUUUGUAUAUAUUUGUGUUACGCGCGGUAAAAAAUAACCACUUUUGGCUCAAAAAUGGUCAUUUUUCACGCGCGUAAUACAAAUAUAACAAAAUUUCAUGCAUAUGUCACGUCGUUGGUCCGUUCUAAGCCCUAACUUUCCUUGGGGGUCGUGAGCUAGUAGACCACUGCACCUCUCUUAAAUAUUUUUCCACCUCCCCAAUUAUUUCCACCAAAAUCUGGCCUUGCAAUCUGAUCCUCAAUUGAUCCGGACUUAAAUUUAAGAGUGCCGUACAAAAAGGUUUAUCGUUAGCAAGGCUGUACUAAAUAACUGUAUGCUUACAGGUUAUAUACGGAUGAAGUCGAGCAGUCGCGAAGACUUAACGAGAGACUGGGGAUAGGUAUUGGAGCAUUUCAAGGUCUCACCAACAUGACCAUCAAUGCUUUGUCGUUGGUUGUUCUGUAUGCCGGUGGUUCUCUGUUGGCGAGCAGCGAACUUUCUCCUGGUAAUCUCAUGAGUUUCCUUGCAUCAACACAACUAAUUCAGAGGUGUGUAAACUAAUCUUAUUUAUACUGGAUAGUUCUAUCAGUUUUAAACUGUUCUUCCUAGAGGUCCAGUAAGGAUCAUCUCUUAUUGAUCCAGUGUUACUACAGGAGGAAACCUAAACUAAAGUAACUUUAUUUAUACUGGAUAUCUCUAUCAGUUCUAAACUGUUCUUCCUAGAGGUCCAGUAAGAAUCAUCUCUUAUUGAUCCAGUGUUACUACAGGACGAAACCUAAACUAAACUAACUUUAUUUAUACUGGAUAUCUCUACCAGUUCUAAACUGUUCUUCCUAGAGAUGCAGUAAGGAUCAUCUCUUAUUGAUCCAGUGUUACUACAGGAGGAAACCUAAACUAAACUAACUUUAUUUUCUCACUCGGAUAAGAGGUUGACCACCAUUCGUCAAUCCAUAUUUAUUAAUCAAAUUGCUCUUCAAUUCUAUAGAUCAAUGGGGAACAUAUCGGUCCUCUUUGGUCAAGUCAUCCGCGGGUUGAGUGCAGGUUCGCGUGUGUUUGAAUAUAUGAUCCUGGAACCUAAGAUAAGCAACCAAGAUGGUCACUGUCCUGAUCUCAGCACUAUUCAUGGAGAGAUCGUUUUUAAUCAUGUUCGAUUUGAGUAUCCAACAAGACCUGGUCAGACGGUCCUUCGAGGUUUGAAUAAAAUUUAUUGUAUUUAUCUUUUCAUUUCAACCUAUUCAAUUGAAUGAAACCGUUUUAUUGUCUCGGUAGCUAUGAUAUUACAAAGUAAUAGCAUGGCAUUACCGUCGAUUAGUGAUGAAAUGUCCCCCAAGCCUCGAGUGGCUUCGUAAAAGUAGGGGCUUUCACUAAACCUCUCUCGGCUUUCGGGUACAUUUAAUCACUAAUCACCCUCAAUGCCAUGCUAUUAGUUAUAAUUGACCAUUUGCGUAAUAGAGCAACUUUUGAUCUAAACAAGUCUAGACAAAAAUUUCAUCACAGCUUGAAAGAGUAUCACAAAAAUAGUAAUAUUCCAAAGUUUCGUUGAGAAAUGUUGUAAAAUGCGGAUAAUAUAGACUUGCGCAGUUUGCCGUUUUUCAGUCAUUUUGUCAAUUUCCCGUUUGUAAUCUAAAAUGACUGAAAAUUGAAAACUUCGCAAGGCUAUAUUUUCCGCAUUUUACAACAUUUCGAAACGAAACUUUGGAGUAUUACUAAUUUUGUGAUGCUCUUUCAAGUUGUGAUGAAAUAUUUGUUGAGAUCAACAUUUAGUCUAUUACGCAAGUGGUCAAUUGUUGCCCUAAAAAUUAUUAAGCUAAACUUAAGUUAUUGUCGCGUUAAGGUUUGGACCUGAGGGUCCCCGCGGGUAAUAUGGUGGCACUCUGUGGCCUCAGUGGAUCAGGAAAGUCUACAGUGGCGUCCCUUAUUGAGAGAUUCUACGACGUGGACAGUGGCUCGAUCACUAUUGAUGGAUAUGAUGUGGAACAAUUGAAUCCUGCAUGGAUAAGAGGGGAUUUGGUUGGAUAUAUAAACCAGG